ACUUGGAUUGACGCUAUUUUUGUUGCACUUUAAAAUGGCUCCUACAUCUCCAGUAGAUGAGUGGUCAAAAGCGGAGUGUUUGAAGCUCAUUCAGGAAUUUAAAGCCAAUCCCGUAUUGUGGGAUGAAAAGAACCAAUUGUAUUUCCAGAAGAAUCUGAAACCUGCGAUUUGGGAAGAGAUUGGCCAAUCGCUGGACAAGAAUGCGGAAGCGUGUAGACAUAAAAUGAUGAUUUUACUGUCAUCGUUCCGAAGAGAAAAAGCAAAAAUUAAACACAGUAUGGGCGAUGAUGAAGAUUCUUCUACUUGUAAAUAUAAAAGCAAAUGGUUUGCCUUUAAAGAACUGAAGUUUUUAAUGGAUAAAUCUAUUGAAAGAAAACGCCUAGCUAAGCGUACAGACGACAAUGAACCAACUCCAAAGAAAUCCAUUAAUAGUUCCUGUGCACAUAGCUCGACCAACGGACAGGCCAGAACUGAGCAAACACCGUCAGGAGGGGUUCACAAAGAAAUCGUUGAUCAAACGCAUAUUAAUAAUAAUACAAAUUUAACGAAUGCUGAUGUGAUAGUUCGGCGUCGAAAUUCCACGGAGAGAGACGAAGAACUCAAAUCCUUCACAUCCUUCAUUUACAACAAAAUGAAACAAUAUCCGGACACAACAAAAAAUGCAGUUCAACAGGAGAUAUGUCAAAUUAUAUUUAAGGCUGAUCAAAAAUGUUACGACACCACGUCAUAUGAGAAAAUCAAGUUCAUUGAUGAUCCAGAUAAAUCUGAUUACAGUCUAGAAUUUCAAGACACUCCUACUGCAACAAUAAAAAUACAAAAUGAUUUUUUUGAUAGCGAAUAGUCACGUGCGCAACGUUAAAUUUAACAUACAUGAUAUACUCUUGUUAUAAAAUAUAAAAUCUC